AUGACCUUCAUAACUUAUGAUGUCUAUAAUAAUGGCUAUUAUUUAGGAGGAUCUCUCAAUAUGACAGCGGAUAGGGAAAUCCAGUGUUCGUCAGGAGGAGGAGGAUGUACCCUGAAGAGAUAUCUGUCGAAGCUGCAUGAAAAGACACGCCAUGAAAAUCGUUGGCUGUUGAAGGAUAUUACCAUGAGGGUGACAACGGUGACCACUCAAAUGCCUCAUACUGAUCCCGCCGACAAAAUAUUGGAUUUUCUGGCUUCAGAAAAGAAGAAAAAUAUCGAUGCCAUUGCCAGGUUCGGAUUUGGUUAUAUUAUGCUAUUGAAGGAUAACAUUGGAUGCCGCUAUUUCCACAAUUUCACCAAUACCUGGAGUCUGACGGAAGCAACUGGUGGGGUCGUUGGGGCCCUGGGCAUUGAUCAGUCGGCUGAGCUGUCCUCUUCACCAUUUCUCAUAUCCAAACUUCGGUUGAGCUAUGUAAAGCCCACAAUGCCUUUGGGCAACUUUCGCCAGGUUUGCAUUUUCCGAACCCCACGCAAUGCCGGGAUACGCGGUGAGGUUUACCUCGAACCAUUUUCGGCCAAAGUUUGGUUUAUAUUCGGUGGCAUAAUUCUACUGAUUGGAUGUGUGCUGUGGAUCACCUUUGUCGUUGAAUAUCGUCAGCUAAAAUUCUAUUUGACUUUUUUACCUUCGUUGCUGAGCAGCUGUCUGCUGGCAUUCGGGUCGGCCUGUUGUCAGGGUAGCUUUUUGGUACCCAAAUCGACGGGAGGACGAAUGACAUUUUUUUCGUUGUCGUUGCUGACAUUUAUUAUUUAUAAUUAUUACACUUCGAUUGUUGUGGCUAUAUUAUUGGGUUCUCCCGUGAAGUCGAACAUUAAGACCCUGGCUCAAUUGGCGGAAAGUAAUUUAGAUGUGGCCAUGGAACCAAUACCCUAUACGAAGUCGUAUUUGAAUUUCUCAAAGUUGCCCGAAAUCCGCACCCUGGUGCGUAAUAAAAUCCAGGCAAAAAAGGACUCCAAAAGUGUUUGGAUACCCAUAGCGGAGGGUGUGCGACGGGUGCGUGAUGAACCUGGCUUCGUUUAUGUCACCGAAUCCUAUUCCAGUUAUUCGUUAAUUGAAAAUACCUAUACCGCCAAGGAGAUAUGCGAUCUCAAUGAGAUAUUGUUUCGACCACAAGAAAUUCUGCACGAACAUGUCAAUGUCAAUUCGAGCUAUGUGGAAUUUAUACGUUAUAAACAAGUUCGCAUCUUUGAAUCUGGGGUACAUCGCCGUCUGCAGGGCAUUUGGGUCAAGACCCGUCUACCAUGUUUCCUAUCGAGUGGCUCCUUGGUCCAGGUUGGAUUGGAAUAUACCGCUCCACUAUUCAUCAUGUUGGCCUGUGUAUAUGUGUUGGUUUUUAUCCUGCUACUCUUGGAGAUCCUAUGGCAUAAAUAUGUGGAGAAUUUUGAGAUGUUGAAGCAGCUUGAUGAGCCAGGAUUAGAUUAUCUCAUCAAAGCCCUCAACUUGUCGUUAAUCACCCUAGCAGAUCCCAAUGCCUGGGUGGGUGGUCCCGCUACUGAAGCCGGGCAAGGAUGCCAGCAAAGAGUUACGCUGCAGGGAGUUAAUAACCCAGUACCGGCGGCAAUUGUUGGUGAGGUCACAAGCCACGUGUCGUCGAGAUCAAGCGAUUGUGAUCCGGCUGUUCUAGGUGUGGGUGCCUUGGCACAUACAGCCGUACCUGCUACAAGUGCAUCAAUUCCAAACCAAAACGUUGACGAACCGGAUAUUCCUUUGGCAAAAGAAAAUGUCAAGACAGAUGAAAAUCAGUCUUUGGCUGACAGGACUGUAUUUCUGGGAGGGGACGACCUACAUGGGACUCUACGCGCUAUCCGCGAUAGUCUAGAGGAACAAAGCAAGGAACUCUUCGACCAGUUAGACAGACUGGUACCGGAAGAGCCAUGCGGAGAAACGCUUCCGGAGGAACUGCUAUUAAAUCUUACCCUAACUGAUGAUGAGCUGGACACCACGGUGAUCCCAGCCAAGUCUACACAGGGGGAUUGCCAUAGCACACAUGUGACUGCAUAUCCCCAAACCUAA